GGCUUAUGGCUUUUAAAGUUUAAAGAAGCCCAUUUCCGCAAUUGACAAACAAAAUCUUUUGAUAAGCUUCGUAUCCUCAGUUCCUCACUACGAACUUCGUUGUUUUCAUCAUCUAUUCUACACAGUUGUUCGUCAUCAGCAGAUGGAUGCGGGUUCAAACGGGGAAGAACCCAAAUCAUGGGAUGAGUUAUACAGCAUAGAUUUGAUGCCUUCAGAGUUGUUUUUGAAGUUCAGGGAAGAACUACAAGGAUUUCGAUUAGGUCUUAAUUUGGAGUUCUACAACGCCCCGAUGAACGAAUGCCAAGCAAAGCUGGUUGUGAAGCCAUUGUCAAACGAGCGAAGAUGGAAGUUCAUAUACGAGCCUUUACAUCAUGACAUACGCCUUGUUUCCAAGAAGAUUCCUCUAACCAAAUUCCUAAAUCUCCAGGUAGGAAUCGGACACAGCUUUCAGUUGCAUGCAACUGGUUGGAAAUGGAAGCUUACCACUUGUUUAGGUGGAGAUGGUAUAUCUCGUAUCAGGAACAAGACAUCUCUAGGGUUGUUCCCUGGUGUUGAUUUGAAAUUUGGAUGGAGGGCAGAUUAUGUGCUUCCAGAAUUCACAGGGGGUGUGGGGACUGGUGAACCAUUGAUUAACAUGAACUCUGGUAGAUUAGAAGCUUCACUUGACAGAAUUGAGACCAUUUUAACUCACAGAUCUUCAGGUGAUGAGAUGCAAGAUUUGGAAAUGGAGAAACAUGUCACUGGAACUAUAAAAUCUGAUAUGGAAGAAUAGUAGUGUUUGUAUAGGUUUUGAUACUUGAAAAGAAAAGGGUUAAAAGUCAAAUUCAGGUAAACUGUGAGAUCUGUGAAUUUUAGGUCACUAAGGGAUUGUUUCUUUUUGACUUAACGGGUUUAAUGAGUUGAGCAUUUAAUCCGAACAGCUAUACCUUUUUUUUUUUUGACUUAAUCUGGAGUGAAUGACUUACUUAACAGGUUAAGCAAAAAACUCGGCUUAAUGUAGUAAGAUGGUAUUCAUUUAUGUAGUAGUCCUUUUUCUUUCUUCUAACUCCUCUCAUGUUAGUAUAUUGUGAAAUUUGGUUUAUUGAAUGCAAGGUUAAAUUGAUCCUUUA